UGCAUUUAGUAGAAGCCCUUACAAAAAUGAGUAGAAACCUUAGGGCAGUUUCAUCCAAUCCUCCACUGUAUAUCGCACAUGUCAAAGGAAGAUUUUUGCAUUAACUCACUAACUUUUGCUUGGAAUUAACAGAGCAGAAAUGAUUGAACAUUAUUUGCAUUUUCGCUAAACAUCAAGUAGAUAUGAUAAAAAUAACCUGCAUCUUAAUCAGCUUUGAACCUCACAGUAGUGUUUCUUCGUUAUGUAAGGCUUUGCCACGUGUUUGCUGCGCCUCGUCCAGCUCUCUGAAGAGAUCCAGAUGUAGACUUUCGAGAAAUCUCCAAAGUAUCCGACCUCUGGCGCCUAGAAGCCAAUCACUGCAGGCAACAGAAAGGAAAACAAGAGAUUACAUCUGUGCUUCCACGAGAUGCAUUCAGAAAAAUGUGACUUUGCCUUACAUAUUGUCUAUUCUUGUUAAAUAACAAGAAAAUCCUUUGUCGUAAUGUAAAAUAAAGCUGAAGAAUAAGAAAGAAAACUGAGCAAAACAGCGACACAAACAGCCGUUUGACAUCUGUAAAACAUUUAUUCUCCCUGUUGUAAGAUUUCAUUUUACAUUCUGCCUUCACUUUGUCACGUGGGACCAAACAGUCUGUGCCUGAGCCUUUGCUCAGAGCUGAGAGGAGCUGCAGCAGCAACUCAGUUUGUUCACUGUGGAUUUCAGGUUUUUCCUCCUCAGUCAUGGAUCUUAGAGGGCUUCGGGUAAAACUUUGUCUUCUGCUGCUGCUGCACGGCUCACUGCAGCAGACGUCCUCCAAGAAGAGAAACGGAAAGAAAGACUCUGUAACAAGUGAUGCGAUUGAGAAACUGCAGAAACAGAUUGAUGAUAUCGUUCAGGAGCUGAACCUGCUGAAAGAGCACCAAGCCUUACAGACAGUUUGUCUGAAAGGCACAAAGGUCUUGGGAAAGUGUCUCCUGGCCGAUCCAGUGAAGAAGACCUUCCACGCAGCCAACGAUGACUGCAUUGCCAAGGGAGGCAGCCUGAGCACACCGCUGACGGCAGACGAGAACGACCAGCUUCACAGCUACGUUCGCCAGAGCGUCGGGCCGGAGGAGCACAUCUGGCUGGGCGUCAAUGACAUGGUGAUGGACGGACACUGGGUGGAUCAGACGGGCUCCAGCGUACGGUUCAAGAACUGGGAGACUGAGAUCACCCACCAGCCCGACGGAGGGCACGCCCAGAACUGCGCCAUCUUGUCCACCACAGCCAAUGGGAAGUGGUUUGAUGAGAACUGCAGAGCUGAAAAGGCCUCGGUGUGUGAAUUUAACAUUGUCUGAGAGAUUUACUGACACUCUUUAGACUCUGAUAUCUCUCUAUGCAGAUGAUAUUAGCAUUAAACUGAAACAGAUUUAAGCUGCCGUUUUCAUUAGACCUCUGUUUCCACAGGUCAUUAUAAGAACAGAACAUUAAAUGACGCAGUAUAAGCUACUCACUGGAACCUUUAUGUGAAUUAUAAAAAUACUCGUGUUUAUGUUAACAUAUUUAGAUAUCUUUGAACAUGUCAGUAUGGCUUGCCUGUGUAUUGUGUGCUGUCUGUAAUAAAAUCUGCUUUAUAACUGAAGAACAA